AACUCUCGCAUAAUUAUUUUUUAGAGUUUAUUUGUUAUUGCCACUAUAUGUCAAACAGCAAUAGUUUUACACUUUAUUUGUUAUUGCCCAUAUGAAUAAAAUUAAUUCCCUACAUACCUAUUUCAUUUAUGAAAUGAAUAAACAAAUAGUAUUGCAGGUAAAUUUUGCAAUUCAAAAACACACCAUACAAUCAUGGAGACUCGGAGCCAGCGGUCUCGACGUGAAAUAUUGGAUCAGCAUAACUUCAGGAGGAGAUUGGCUUUCAAUGAGAAAGCGAAACAGCAAGAAGCUGCAUCAGCCCAACAACCACAACAAGUUGGUGUAAAGAGACCUCGCGGACGACCAAGAGGCAAAAUCACAGAAAAUAAAGGAACAUCAUCAGAAACAAGUCACCCACCAAAUACAAGAGAAAUGGAUGACCCCUACAUAAACAUAAAUUUUAUCCCUCCAUACAAAUUACAAUUCAAGGAUGAUUGCACCUAUUACGGAGCACGCCGAUACUGCUAUGAGCCACCAACAUUUUGCUGCGCCAAAGGUCAAAUUGUACUUGCAAAUCAAGAAACACCAGUACCAUUACGCAAUCUAUUUUGUGCAGCCGAUGAUCUAUCAAAACAUUUCCAAGUGUGCGUGAGAACAUACAACAACACUUUUGCUUUCACUUCGAUGGGAAUUCAUAAUUAUGCAACAGACUUGUGUCGCCGAAAUAAGGGCAUCUACACAUUCAAAGUGCAAGGACAAAUAUACCAUUUCAUCAAUGACAUGCUUCCAGAUGGUUGCCCUCUGAGAAAUUUGCAGUUGUACUUCUAUGAUACAGAAACAAUCUCACAAGAAACCAUGGCCUACCAUGGGACAAGGCUGGACAAGGAAGUAAUAGAUGUAAUUCUCAGUACUCUUGCAGAAAACCCCUAUGCAAAAUUCUUCCACAAUUUGAGGUAUAUGAACACAGCAGAAGAAUUUAGCGUUAUUCUUAAAAAAAAUCCCACCCUUGACCAAAGAGUAUACAACAUGCCCACCGCAUCACAGGUUGCAGCCAUUUGGGUAGAAGACGAUGGGAAUGGGCAGGACAAAUUUACUUCAACAACAGACAACAUAGUAUACAACGAAAUCCUCCAACACAUUGACAUAAACGGUACUCCUGCUCCACAGGACCACUAGACGCAUACUACCCAAUAAAUCAGGUUGCUAUUCCAAUGUAUACUCAAUUACUAGGUGAUUUAGAUCAAAAUGUUCUCUGAUUCCCAGACAUGUAAACUGCUCUUUUGGUCAUUCACAAAUUCAUAAACUAUUACUGCUUGUGUACUCUGAAAAUUGAUACCCUGAAGAAACAAAUGUCCCCAAUUCUUAGCGAAGAAUCAACAUAACAAUUCAACUGGAUUUUCUGCUACAAAUUAUUGCAGAUUUCCUGGGCUGGAGCAGUUUAGAAACCUGGUGCUAUAAUGUCCUUCAAGCAAACAACUUUAUGCUUUUCAGGUUGUCAUUGGUCAACAUUUUGUUCUUCCUUCGUACUCAAAGGAACUAUUUGAUUUUUUUUCCAUUUUGGCAGAUUUUCUCUUCAUAUAAUUUCGUCUGUGUAGCGAUUAAGAGUCCAAAAAAGGUGGAACUUUGCGCUGUGGUGGGCUGUUUUGAGCCAAUUUUGUUACUUUAUACGCUGGUUGCUAAGAUUGUCGUGAUGGAGCAAGCCUACCUUCAAAUAUAUUAUAUCAGGAAGUCAAAAGAAGACUUCUAUACGCGUCAAUUAACAAUCAAAGCAUUCAAGCUAUAACAGCACAAGUUUGAGCUACAGCUCUUCCGCCAAUGUUACUGAUGUAGUAAUAUAAGAACUUCAAGGCCACGUCAAGUGCAGUUUCUUAUAAAGAGAGAGCAACAAAAUGUACAAUAUAUCUUAUUUUUUGGAGAAAAAUAUAGCAGAAGGCCAAAAAUGCAGUUCAAGUUUGGAAAGAAGAUAUUGAUUUUGGGCCAAAGCCCAAAUCAAACAUAAUAGAGAAUCAGCCCACCAAUCUUCUCCCUCCUUAGUUUCACGCAAGAAUGAAAAGAGAUGCCAGCGGCUCCUUCUUAUUCGACUUCUUCUUCAACGGUGAUGGAAGACCCGCUCCAAAUCAAAGCUCCAAUGUUCGGCCUAAAAUCUCGCCCCUCAUUCAAGUCUCUAACGGAUAUAUAUUUCUUGCUAUAAAUUGGCGAUGAGUUGAAGCUUCAAAGGGGGGAACAACAGAGGAGGCAUCGCACCAAACAAGAAAGAGAGCAGCGGCUUUGGCCGCUGCAAUUAACGCCACCGGAGAAGAAAGCAGACGGCGGCCGACCACGGCUCGCUGGCGUUCGACGAUGGUCGGCGGUGAUAGGUGUGGCAGUUCCUUCAAGCUCCAAUUUUCUUCAAUUUCUUCAUCUUCUUCCUCUAAUUGGUAACCCUAUAUUUGUCAAUUUCUUUUUCUUCUCCAAUUUCUUUGUAAAAGGG